CGCCAUAUUGGAAAUUUCCCUUUUUAUUUUCCUUUUUAACUUUUGAUUAGCAUUUGACUGCACGUUUCUAAAGAAAAAUGCAGAUCUUCGUCAAGACCCUCACCGGUAAGACCAUCACUUUGGAGGUCGAACCUUCCGACACCAUUGAAAAUGUCAAAGCCAAGAUCCAAGACAAAGAAGGUAUCCCCCCAGAUCAACAACGUUUGAUCUUCGCUGGUAAACAAUUGGAAGAUGGUCGCACCUUGUCCGACUACAACAUCCAAAAGGAAUCCACCUUGCAUUUGGUACUCCGUCUUCGUGGUGGUAUCAUUGAACCUUCAUUGCGUAUUUUGGCCCAAAAAUACAACUGCGAUAAGAUGAUCUGCCGUAAGUGCUAUGCUCGUCUCCAUCCUCGUGCUACCAACUGCCGCAAGAAGAAGUGUGGUCACACCAACAACUUGCGUCCCAAGAAGAAGUUGAAGUAGAUUAUUACACCCGUACAUGGACGACGACGAACAAAAUGUUAUUGUUGUCGCUAUUUCAAGUGCUCUGGGAGCGGCUAUCAUCUUGGCUCCCUUUUUCUUUUUUCUAUGUAUAAAUUUUAAGUUAGUGCUUUAGAAUUAAUAAUUAAUUCUUUGUACUCAACCUACAAAUAAAAAACAAACAACAACUAUUGUAAAAAAUAACAUCUAACAAAUUUUAUACAUGGAAA